UAAACCCCAGAUCCUCUGUCCUGCCACAUUUGGCCGGAGAUUCAUUCCAACUGCCUCGAAACGGCUUGCUACAACCCGCGGCAAGACUUGCAAGAUGUCCGCAGCCUGGCUCACAUCACCGGUCCAGCUGACAGGGAGUCGGGAGUUCACCUGUGAUGGCUUCACAACGGAACAAUGUGACUACUAUAUACAGCGAUGGCAUUUUUGGUACAUCGCCGACUAUGUCUACGCUCUACCGACCAUCGCGUUCUUUAUGUGUUCAAUUGGGAUCUUCAUCAUCGGGUACUUCCUUUCUUCGAUACUUGGUAACCGGAGAAAGUUUCGGGGCGCCCGAGUAUGGCAAAGGUUGAUUGCCUUCAUCCGAUACUUGUCCUACCGUGGCUUUCAUGUCUGUGCACUGGGAUGGAGUUCAGCUCCCUUGGGAGUCCUGCUUCUGGGUGCGGCAGGGGCCGUCUUCUUCCUCUGCAUGGUGCUCAUUCCCCAGCCUUACUACUGGUCCAGUCUAGACUAUGGUGGUUCGCCUCCCCUUGCUACAAGAUCGGGAUGGAUGGCGCUGGCGUGCAUGCCCUUUGUCUUCGCAACGGCCACCAAGACGAAUUGGAUCACCCUCUUUACCGGCGUCUCCCAUGAGAAGCUCCAAGUAUUUCACCGAUGGAUAGCCUAUGCCUUCUUUGUCCUCGCGCUCUUGCAUACUUUUCCCUUCAUUGUCUACCAUAUCCGAUUCCAUGACAUGGUGAUGCAAUUUGAGAUGAGCCUUAUUUUUUACUGGACCGGAAUUGUGGCUAUCAUCUUCCAGGCCUGGCUUACCUUUGCCUCACACAGUGUGAUUAGAGAACUGGGCUACGAAUUCUUCAAGGCGACACACUUCUUUGCUGCUGCCGUUUUUAUUCUAAUCUUCUUCUGGCACUGCGACUAUACCCUGACCUCCUGGCACUACUUUAUCGCGACAGCCGCCGUAUACGUCCCAUGUUUCCUCCAUCCCUGGCUGCGGACGCUUUUCGAGUAUGGAAUGUGCCAAAAGGCCCAAGUUCACCUGGAAAGCAACGGCUUCAUCCGGAUCACAAUCCCCGUGGCCUUCCGGUGGCGACCCGGCCAGCACUGCUUCCUCCGCUUCACCAGCUUCGGGCUACUCCAUGCGCUCUCGGCGCACCCGUUCACCAUCUGCUCCCUGCCAGCAGAAAAGCCCGGUGACGAAUCCCACCUCGUCUUCUACAUCCGCCAUCAAGGCGGUUUUACGGCGCGCCUUUACGAAUACGCCGUGGCGCGCCUGGAGGCUUUUGUGCCGGUGCUCGUCGACGGCCCGUACGGCGGAAUCAACCUGCAAUCCUACGUUUGCAGCGACAAUCUCCUGUUGAUUGCAGGGGGAUCUGGCAUUGGAUGGACUUUGCCGUUCAUUCAGCAAUUCCUCGCGUCACGGUCAGCGUCUGGUGACGUAGAAUCUGGCCAAGGAAUUGAUGUCGUGAGCGAGGACGAUACAGAAGCAGCAAGGUACAAUAACCCGCCUUCCAGCAAUGGCGUUUCUGCGCCUCGCUCCCUGCGGGUCAUCCUGGCAACUAGAGACACCGAAAGCCGCAUGUGGUUCGAUCAAGCUAUCAGUCGGCUGCUGGACGAGUUCCCCAUGCCCGGCGCGCUGCUCGAUCUUCACAUUCAGAUCCAUCUGACUGGUGACGAGUCCGACCGGCAACCGACCCAGAGACAGCAGACCCCCGCUGAAUUGAAAGAGCAGGGGCCCUUGCACGCAAGUGGGGAUAUUUCGAACUAUCAAGCGAUGCUCACCAUGGACAGCUCGAAGGGCCGGCCACAGCUCCCUGCGAUCAUUCACGAAGCAGUUCAUCCCGGCGAGUCGCUCGGGGUUUAUGUUUGUGGGCCGAUUUCGAUGCAGAGUGAUGUUCGCAAUGCGGUUGCUGAGGAGAACUUGAAGGUCCUGAAGGGGGCCAAGUCGGGCGGGAUUUAUCUGCAUUGCGAGCAUUUUCAAUGGGCAUAGUAGCAGGGAUUUGUGUUGAUACUUAGUUCAUUGGUUGACCGCGCUGAAGACUGGCUAGUCCAAUCUCAAGGCUGAGAUAUGCAGACAAAGUUGAGGUCCCUGAGGUAUCCAUGCCGAUUUGAAGAGCGACCGCUAUGCAAAGUGCUGAAGGCUAGAAAUUGACUUCCGUUUGCCCUACAUGGCGAGAUCCAUUGGAGGAAUUUGAUCGUUGGGCUUAGAAGGUGUGAUUUGAUUGAGCUCAAUUGCGCACAAUUCGACCAGGGUCAGAAUUGGUGUGAGGGGUCGGACUCGCUCAGGCCAUACUCAGGCCAUACUAAGGCCCUCCAUCACACUCGGGCCUUUUACAAGUAUGGCCUUAACGAAGAACCUUUGCCUCCUAUCAUAUUGAAUGUAUUAGCAGAAGAUUACGGGAGCCUUAAACAAUAUAUUAGAUUACAGAGA